AUGUCGUGUAACGACUGUGAGGCAUUAAAGGAGGCUAUUCAGGGAAUUCAUUCUGCCAUUGAAAAGUAUUCCUCCAAGCUAAGUAAUAAAGAGAAGGAGGAUGAUCUUCGACAUGAUGCACUUGUCGCUGAAGAGAAAGUCAAGGAGCCGAAGGCACACAUUAUGCGCGCCCACAAUCAGGAAAAAUGCAAGUAAAGUGUCUUGUUUUCUCUUCUGGAGGACGAAGUUUUUGUAUUAUCUGACACAUCGACAGAAACCAAGGACAUUUCGAGCCCGCUAACAAUUAUCAGCGGUAUAUCGUAUUACACUCCGGAACAAUAGAAUAUCAAGAGAAUUCAAUAUGCCGGCGAUCACGGCUCGAUCUGCAAUUUGAUUUGCUUUAAUUUAAUUUUCGCGCUAAGACUACUAAAUUUGCAUUCAAUGCCUGGCAUAUUUUUAUUCCGAAAAGGACCGAGAACUAAUUUAUUUCCCUGCAAGAACAUAGACAAAUAUAGCCGACGAUUCGAAGAUCAGCGUUGCUCGUGUUUAACUAUUUCAGUCAUAGUUUUCAACAUGGCGUCUCGUCACUUACCCAACAUGGAAAAUAAGGGAUAUUCUGGCGCGUUGGGAACUUUUUUGAUGGAAGGAAAUGGCAAUUUUACAGGAUAUUUGGACGCUUCGAACUCUGUAGCAGUCAAUUCGAUCGAGAGCAGUUGACUUUAUUGAUGCACUUUCCUGAAAUAGGCGAGUGUUUGGGAUGGAGAACGACGGAUUUUGAAGAACUGUAUGGCGACUUAGGUCAAUAAUCAAUGACAAAAGAACUGGCUCGGGAAGUAAGUGGUUUUUAUUUAUCGAGUCCCUGUGAGGUUUGAUGAAUAGCAGAAUCAGUACUAAAUAAGUCUCGAUCGAGAGCAGACGGGACCACGAGCUCCUGAUUGUUAUAUUUUAGAAAUUUUACAAAUUUCCAUACAGUUUCUUAUAUCAUUUGGACGCCAUUAUGGACGAAAUGCGCAAGCGCGGCCGCCAUCUUGUCCAAUAUUUCUGCCGAUGAUGAAGUUUUUGCAAAUAAAGUUUCGCGAAAAACAAUCAGAAUCGUUUGAAAAGAGAGGCAUAAAUUGGCAUAUAUGCAUUGUCAUUGUCAAGAUAGGAGGGAAGCUUAAAGUCUCCUCUUACGCUCACCUGUUGAACAGUUGUGGCCACAAAACACACGAUUGGUUCACUGUUCUCUCAAUCCUCGGGCAACUCAUGACUGUCAUAAAAAUAAGCCAUCCAACCACUACAAUAGUGUACCUAAGAUCAGACGAAGCGGGUUUUUAUCACAACAGCAGUCUCUUUGCGGCCCUUCAAGAUGUCGGAAGUCGUCAGGGAGUUGACAUUGUGGGAUAA